GCUCCCAGACGUCACUUAUUUUCUGAUGGACAAAAUAUAUACGAGUGAGUAGUGGUGGGGUGUGCUAUGAUCAUAUGACUAGUUGCUACCUUGGCCAGACGGCCCUUUUUCAGGUAGCAAUUAAUCAAGGUACAUAGAAAUACUGCUCACUUCACUUAAAUUCUGAUAGCUGAUUUUAACAUAUAUUUCACACAAUAUCGUUAAAAAUCAGGAUUCAUUACUCCCAGACACAUGCGGUCGGCGGUUUUACCUUACAGACGCUUCAAAGCUAUUAAAAAAAUUAAUUAAGGUCACUUAUUUUCUGAUGCUUGAUUUUUAUAUAUGUUAUUCAAACAACUAUUUUAAAACGUUUUGCAAACGGACAGACCGAUCCAAGGGGCCAAACAUUCACCAGACCCAAUUUUCAUGUCGCUGAGAGUAGGGGCACGGGCAUUAUCCGUGCGCAUAAGUGCGAGUGAGACAGACAUGAGUGUCAUUGCUUCUCUCCUUCUAUUCGGUUUACUCUUACCCACUAGUUAAUGUAUCGCGUCUGUUGAGUGCGUCAGCUGUGUUGUGAUUUAAGUAGCAAUUCGUAUAAAAAAAUACAAAUAUUUGCAGUGUUUGAAAAAAUAUAAUGGCUAAUUUGUUAAAUUGUGUAUUUUGCAAUAAUUGUGAUGAAAAUUUAAUAUUAUUUACGGAAGAGACAUUAAAAAAGUGUCGAGUGAUUUUACAGCAUAGAAAGGAACAUAACCUAAAAUUUAAAGACGUUGUUUUGCCGGGUGAACUAUUUGAAAGUGGUUAUCACAGAAACUGUUACAAAUCGUUUACAGGGUUAAAUAAAAAGUACUAUUUACCAAAAAAUACGGCAACCGAGAAAGCUAAUUCAACAGAAAAGUUAUUAAGCAUUGCAGAAAAUUUAUCCACUGAUAUCUCAACGACAGUUGAAUUAGAUACACAAUGUAUUCAGCCAGAAGCAUCUACGUCUCAACAUUUUAAUCCAGCAGCAGCUGUUAUACCUGACACUACUACAAUACCUAGCCCAUCUGUCUUACCUGAGUUGGUCGAACCGGAUUUUCCAAGAUUAGAAGAAUAUAUUGAUCAUCCUGAAAAUAUUGAUUCACUUUCUGACAGUAAUACUGCAGUUGAUAUCGAUGUAAAUAAUUCUCCAAAUAAUCUUACUUGUAUAUAUUGUGAUCAAAAAACUAAAAAGCACAAGUCUAAACGAUUGCCUCUAAUUACGUCAGAUAAAAAUGUAUUUCUAUCUAAAGCUAAAAAUCAAUAUGAAAAUCAUACAGAAUUCUUGGAAAAAAUUGUAAAUUAUCCACAUUCUAAAAUACACUAUCACAAUAUCUGUCAAUUAAAUUUUUCUUAUGAAACUUCAUCAAACAAAAAAACUACUACAACUCAUUGGCAUAGUCUUCGUGAACAACACCGAGCAGCUUUUCAUGAAAUAUGUUCUUUUAUUGAAGAAAAUAUAAUUCAAAAAGGACGGUGUUACUUCCUGAGUUAUAUUUGUCGAUGUUAUAUCGGAUUAUUAGAUGAAAGUGAUGAAAAUAAUGAUGUCGGAAUUAGAGGGGAUUUUAAAGCACACAUUUUGGAAUCAAAAAUUAAGAAAAAAUAUGGUAAAGAGAUAAAAAUUUUUAUUAUUCAGAAUAAAAAAUUAGUCGCGCCGAAAAAUGUAGUGGCUAUUGAUGAGCAAACACUCGAAAGUCUAAAAGAUGAAGAUAUUUUACUUAAAGCUGCUCUAUUAUUGAGAAAAUCUGUUUUACAAGCUGAAAAAAAAAAGUUACCUCAUAACUUAACAAUACAACAUUUGCAGGACGGAGAAAUAUCUGUGCCACAAGAUCUACUGGACUUUUAUUCUACUUUGAUAGCCGGUAAUAAUCGAAGACGUAAAAAUAAUCAAAAGUGUAUCCGUCAAGUCAAGUCAUAUUGUGAAGAUGUCGUCUAUAGCAUUUACAAUGGAAAAAUAAAAACAUCAAAGCAUAUUAUGCUCGGAAUGGCUUUAAAAAGUCUAACAAGUAGCCGCAAAAUUAUUGAUAUAAUACAUAGAUAUGGGCAUUGUAUCAGUUAUCCUGGAGUGGAAGAGCUCGAAACAGAAGCAACAUAUACAUCAGUUGAAAAAUCAAGUGUAUGUCCUGAAACAAUUAAAAAAUCACCAGAUCUCUGCACCGGUCUUGCUUUCGAUAAUUUUGAUCGUUUCGUGGAGACAAAGACUGGUAAAGAUACAUUGCACGAUACAGUUGGUAUUAUUUACCAGAAUAUUGAUAUGAACACCCCAGAUGAACCGCAAUUAAUAAAUAUCACCGAUGCUCAUACCGAAGUAUCUAUCAACUCGCAAAAAAGGAGACGGAGAACUUUUGAUGCUAUUUCUAUGGAAAUUAGUGAAGAACCAUUGGUUAAAAAAAUGAAGAUAACAGAUCUAGAAGCGUCAGCUUGUGAAGAUACAGAACCUAUAAAUUUACCACUGUACAAAACGAUCGAUACGCUGUGGAUGUUUAGCCAUGCUCUCCAGUUACCGAAUGUUCCAAUGUGGGUUGGAUUUAAUUCUUUUCUAGUUGACAAUAAUAGCCCACAACAAAUAGUUUCAUAUCUAACUCCAAUAAAUCAAUCGCCUACUAACAAAUCAGUAGUUUUGGAGACUAUGAAACAGAGUCAACAAAUUUGUGAAGAAGUGAAGCAGUCAUCCAUCCAAGUUACUUAUGAUCUUGCGAUUGCAAAAAUAGCCUUACAAAUUCAAGCUAGCCACAAACCAGAUCUUGAUAAUUUAUUCAUACAUUUGGGGCCAUUCCAUAUAAUGAUGGCUUACUUCAAAACUAUAGGAAAAUUUAUUAUGCAUUGUGGCUUAACAAACGUCAUGGUACAGAGUAAUUUAUUAGCAUCCGGCUCUGUAAAUGGAUUUCUGGAGGGAAAACAUUUCAAUAGGUGUAAAAGGCUUCACCCUUUGAUGGCUGUAGGUUUGGAAAUUUUACAUUUUAAAUCGUUUUUGGAGAGUAAUAAUAUUACUAUCAGUGAUCAAAUUAUCCAAGAAAUCACACGACUAAGAACGUCUUCAAUAUCUUCACUUACAAUUGAGGAUGACGAGCUUAAUGCAUUAUUACAGAAUUAUGAUAUUUAUAAGCAAAAAACCCUCAAUGGCGAGUUUGGUAAAACUCCACAGUUUUAUUUAAUCUAUAUAAAUCUUGUUCAUCAUUAUUUAACCUUGUCAAGAAGCAUACGUUGUGGAGAUUUUGAAUUAUUUAAGUUUGUACUGCCAAAAAUUACUAACUUAUUUUUCAUAUGCAAUCAACAGAAUUAUGCUCGUUGGACAGUUAAAUACAGUAAUAAUUUGUUAAAAGUUGCCGAAACUCAUCCUGACUUGUAUGAACAGUUCAAAAAUGGUUUUUUUUGCAUUCAAAGAACUAGUAAGCCUUUUUCUAAGCAACCGAUUGACUUAGUCCUGGAACAAACCAUUAAUGCAGAUGCAGCCAGGAGACUCACAGGAAUAAUCCAAUUCACCAAUUCCAUAUCAGCACGCCAACGAUGGGCUCGCAGUCAUGAUAUACGAUCAACAAUAAUUAGUUCUGUUUAUAAAGAUCUAGACUUACAACAAAUACAAGAUGUUACAGCCGAGGUGUCUAAUCAUAAUAUGAAGAAUGAUACCAAACAAUUACAAAAAUUUAUCGACGAAUUCGAUCGAUUCAUCAAUCCGUUUAGUCCUGAAGUACCACAAGAUCUUUUGCUUAAUAUUUCAUCUGGAAAAGCAGCCUCAGAGGUCGUAGAAAAAUUUCUUCUCAAUGUUGAGAAGAAUGGAGACAUAAGACGUCAAACAUUCAUCGCAGAAUGUAAAAACGAUGAAUAUAGGUUCGAAAAGAGCAUAAAAAAAGUGCCACUGGAAAACUUUUCUUUAGAUUAUGCUAAGAAAACAACAACAACUAAGGUAGGUGGUAAAGUGCUAGAAGUACGUACUCAAAGAGAUCUGUUUGGGCGGAUGCUUGGAAUAUCGAUUGAUCACAAAGUCGAUAUAGCCAAAAUUUUAUCAUACCCCAUAACGCCAGUGCCAUUAUCCAUGUGUCAUUUCGACGGUGGCAUCUGUAAAACCCAAAAGUCGGUUCUGAUGAAAUCAUUGGAAAAAGGCGUACAACACAACCUACCUUCUCACAUUGAUAUUUUGAUAAUUGAUGGUUUCUUUCUGCUCUAUACUAUGAAUAAUGUGCCUAAAACUUUUGGAAAUAUCGCAAAAAAAUUACUACAAAUGGUGACACAGUUGAAAGCCACGAGAUAUGAUGUCAUAUUUGAUCAGUAUUUUUCCCCUUCCAUUAAAGAUUAUGAAAGAUCUCGCCGAUAUGAAUCAUCACUACUGGAAUUCAACAUUACUGGGCCAGAUCAAGUUCGUCCAUCAAAUUUCACGAAAGAGUUAAAAAAUAUCCACUUCAAACAGGCUCUCGUUGAUUUCUUCAUAUUGCACUGGACUAGUGAGGAGAUGAUUCCAUUCAUUGGUAAUAAUCAAGUUUACAUUAAUUUUCGACAAUGUCACUCUUUCACCGUGAGUAAUAAUAAAGUUAUGUCUGAAAUCAAUGAAGAUUUAUCGUGUCCCCAGCAUGAGGAAGCUGAUACAAAGAUUGUUUAUCAUGUUUGCAACACUGAUGCUCGAGCUAAUUUUGUGAUACGAUGUUCAGAUACGGAUAUUGCAGCGAUAAUGCUAGGAAAUAUGCAUCAUUUAAAAAAUGAUGAUUCACACGUGUGGAUAUUAACCGGCACUGGUAACAAUCAGCGAUAUGUUGAUAUUAGCAGUAUCUACAAACAGUUAGGACCGUCGUUAUGUCGAAGUCUACCAGGAUUCCAUGCUAUUACUGGAUGCGAUUAUAAUCCCGCAUUUUUCAAAAAGGGAAAACAAAGGCCGUUUAGUAUUCUUAAAAAAAAUAAAGAAUACCAACAAGCAUUUCUCACCUUUGGCACGUUGAAUUUGAUCGAUGAUGUAGACGAAGAAGAACGUGUAUUCAAUAUAGUACAAAGAUUUAUAUGUGAUGUUUAUAACGUACCAGGAGUAAUGGAUGUAAAUGCUGCCAGACUUCAGCUGUUUAUUAAUACAUAUAUGGUAUGUGAUGUUAAUGAAAAAUUUAUGCAAAAAAAUAUGAAAAACUUCGAUGCUACUAACUUACCACCUUGUAAAAGCGAACUUCGGCAACAGUUUCGACGAGCUAACUAUAUUGCUAGUGUUUGGAACAAUGCUAGUGCAAAAAUGAUUAAUAUUUUCAAUCCCGAAAAUUUUGGCUGGACAUUAGAAGAUGAUAAAUAUCAUUUUCAUUGGUUUGAUGGAGAUCAAUUGCCGGAUUUUGUCAGUCAGUCCUUGGAGGAAGAAUUAGCGAAAACGCCCGAGGAAAAUACUGAUGAACAAGAUGAUGAUUUAGAUAUUCAAUAUCAAGAUAGGAUCGAUGAUGAAUUACCUGACUUCAACGACGAUGACAAUGAAGAUUAGAAGCCAGUCGAAUAUUUACAAAUCAAUCUUACAAACUUAUGUAAAAAAAUAUUUGUCGAUUUUUGAUAGUUUUUUAAGGUUCGUUACAAAUAAAUAAUUAUUUGAAAAGGUUGCUGUUAUUUAAUUAAAUUAUUAAUACUUUGUAAACCUUUUGAUAUUUACUUUAAAAAUUUAAAAUUAACUUACUUAAAAAAAUUUAAAUUAAUAAAACAGUUUGUAAGGUACAAUUGUAUAAUUAUUGCGGUCAGAUGAGCACUUUUCUCAAAGUUAAUCUUUGAUUAUUUACGUGAUUUUCAAAUAGAAGGAGAGAAGCAAUGACACUCAUGUCUGUCUCACUCGCACUUAUGCGCACGGAUAAUGCCCGUGCCCCUACUCUCAGCGACAUGAAAAUUGGGUCUGGUGAAUGUUUGGCCCCUUGGAUCGGUCUGUCCGUUUGCAAAACGUUUUAAAAUAGUUGUUUGAAUAACAUAUAUAAAAAUCAAGCAUCAGAAAAUAAGUGACCUUAAUUAAUUUUUUUAAUAGCUUUGAAGCGUCUGUAAGGUAAAACGGCCGACCGCAUGUGUCUGGGAGUAAUGAAUCCUGAUUUUUAACGAUAUUGUGUGAAAUAUAUGUUAAAAUCAGCUAUCAGAAUUUAAGUGAAGUGAGCAGUAUUUCUAUGUACCUUGAUUAAUUGCUACCUGAAAAAGGGCCGUCUGGCCAAGGUAGCAACUAGUCAUAUGAUCAUAGCACACCCCACCACUACUCACUCGUAUAUAUUUUGUCCAUCAGAAAAUAAGUGACGUCUGGGAGC